AUGGUGUGUUCCAAGUGCCAAAAACUGAACAAAACUUCUCUUGCCACACCUGGGGUCAAGAAGAAGGCUGAGAUGUACUAUGGUUCUCCCGCAUCAACAUCAUCAACAGCGAAGAAGUCGGCAACUCUCGGGCAAACGGGCAUCUCAAAAAGCAAACUCCUUUCCAAAGCGGCUAAGAACCCAUAUGCGCAGUAUUCCAGCGCCUGUGGCCGCUGUAAGACCAAGGUUGCCCAGGGGCACACAUUUUGCAACCAGUGUGCAUAUCGGACAGACUCAUGUCAUAUCUGUGGGAAAACCAACAAAAAGAAAAGUAGUACAGCCGUGCCCGUUGUGGACGGUCAGAAACGGUCAUUCAAGUGA